AUGGUUCUCUAUCCUGACAACGUCCACCGUGUCCAGCGAGUCAAGGACCUUGCCAACGAUAUCGCUACCUACCAAGAUGAGAUCAAGUCUCAAAACACAGCCCAAAAGAACAAGGACCAGCGCGCUUAUGAUACCCUUGCCUCCAUCGCCAAGAGAAAGGGCUACUCCACCCCUGAGGAGUACGUUGAGAAGGCCAUUGCCGCACUCCCUGAGAAGGAAAGAGAGAAGUACGACAAACUCCGGAAAGAGAUUACUAAAACUGGUGAGGAUGGAAAAAUGGUAUUGUUUGUCACUGGCGCUGUGGCUACGCUGGGCAUGGUUGGUGGAGCCGCCUUGGGAGAAAAAGGACUCAAGACUAUGUCUGCAAUUAGCAGUUGGUUGACCGGAUUCAGAGCCACAGCUCAGACCAUAGAGUUGGAGCUUGCAGGAGCUGAAGUCGCCAGUGAAGCGCUUGAGUCCCUGCUAGACAUUUCGAAGGAUAUUGCGGCAGAAGUUAACCUCGCCGAGGGAGGUGCCAAGGCUAGUACCAUUGCUGCAGAGGGUGUCGAGGAAGUAAGCACCCUUGUCAAGGUCGGGCGUUUCGCUUCUAGAGCGUUGGUUGUCUUGGCAAUCCUUGCCACCAUUGGUGGCCUCGUUUAUGAGGGUAUCGAAGGUAAGAAGCAGAUGAAGAAAUGCCAAGAGUACACACUGGACCUUGCAUCAAAGCGAUUCAUGGUUCGAAAGCUCAAAGACAAUGUGGAAGCUGCCUUCAGCUUCAUGGAUAACAUUUAUGGUUUGCUCCAUUUUGAGGAUUUCGUAAUGGAAGAUGAAGAUAUUCCUGAGGACAAAAAGCAAGCAAAAAUUGCAAAGAAGAUCAAAGAAACCAGCGACAAGUUUGCGAAAGUUCCAGUUCCUGCGGAUGAUGCUGUUUAUGGAGCACUGAGGCUCAAGGACGAGGCUGCAAACUCUUGGUUGGAUGAAGACCCGAAGAUGGCAGCAAUCAAGGCUCACUUGGAGGAGCUGAAGAAGAAAGAGAAGAAGUAG